GGUAAAAACCGGAACGAAUCAAUGUUAAUGGGCCGAGGAUCCAUGAUUAUGAUACAGCACUGAGGCUACAUUUGGAAACUAGAAGGAGCAUGGAGGGGAUAGGCGAUUACGUAUGCCUCGUGCGCGGAUCAGCAUCUUGCAGUUUUAGUAGCUCUCCUUGAGAAACUUCAGUAUGAAUUGGGAUGAUCGAGGGUCAACAACGAUGACGAGGCUCGUCAUACUCUUAUUCUUUUGUGGCGUGAUCACUGGCAGUAACGACACCGUGAGCAACACAAUCCCGGACAACGUGCUACUGGAUUUAGAAGAGCAGAACGAAGAGAGCACAUCUACGAAGAAUAGAACUCUGAAAGAACUAUACGAGGAUGCUGUACACGCUUAUCUGGACGAAGACUGGGGCCGCUGUAUUCAAGACUUUAACGCGGUUUCUCACGGAUACAAGGCUUACAAGCGAAUGAUAACGAACUGUAGACGAAAAUGCCGCACAAAAGCUGCCGGCUCGGCACCGAUUUUCGCAGAGAACAUCGAGGAUUUGCACUUUUACGAAAAGAAAGUAAGAGAGACAUUGUGCCUCUUAACGUGCAAUCAGGAAUAUCGUGAGAUCGUCGGCUCGAAAGCGCUCAAGAUGCUGCCGCGGGAGACUGAACAGAAAUUGCUCCGGAAUAGUGUUUACGAGUACCUGCAUAUAUGUUACUAUCAGAAACAUCGAUAUCAGGAUGCAGCCAACGCGCUGUUUACUUAUUUAGUCGAACAUCCGAAAGACAAGGUGAACCUAGAUCUUUUGAAACGCUAUUUAACACACCCAGGCGUAAAACUCGAGAAUGUGGUAAAUCUAGAACUACCGACUUAUGUCAGAAUCUAUUUCCAAGGGGUUUCGUCUUAUGAAGACGAGAAUUACGCAGAGGCCGUCGGCUUGUUCGAGGCAUCGUUACGGUUAUACUUAGAAACCGAGGAGGAAUGUAGAUUUUAUUGCGAGGGUCCCUUUGACCAAGGCUGGCAUCCAGAGUUCACUUCCUCCAUUGCGAAUCAUUUUGCGUACUGUCUGAAAUGCAAACGAGCUUGCUCACGUACAUUAAAUAACGUGAAUGGCGAUUACCGCAGACACAUGCUCAGGGAUCACUACAACUAUUUGCACUACUCUUAUUACAAAUUGGGAAACUUGAAAGCUGCUUGUGCCGCUGUAGAAAGUUACUUGCUUUUCGAUCCGGUGGAUAAAGUAAUGCUGCAAAACAAAGAUUAUUAUAGUGCCAAGCCAAAAGUUAGAGAAGACUAUUUCUCUCCAAGAGAGGAAACUUUCAACUACAUAAAAAGACAAGAAUAUGAAUUGAGGCUGUUACAUUAUAUUUCUAAUGAAUUUUCAGUUCUGGAUGAAAAAUUUAAUAAGAUACGAAAAACAAAACAGGAUGAGAAAGCAAAUAAUGCUGAAGAGGAAGAGCUAGGAAAGAAAUCGGACAUCGAAACAGUAUCAGGCCCGCCACCCGGUUAUUCGUUGUUCUCUCAUAUGAAAUUGUUAAACAAUUCUACAAUACGAGUCGAGGGCAUCAAAAUCCAUGAUAUUCAUUUAGUAGCAAAAGAGGAAGAUCUUGGUGGAAAAAAUCGUUACGUCGCUGAUAAUUUACUUAACUCCACUGAGUGUGAAUCUUUGAUGCAGUUCGCUACUAUGACCGCGAUAGAAGGAGAUGGUUACGAUGAAAAUAAAAGUCCACAUUCAAAACACGAAAAAUUUGAGGGAAUAACUGUUGGGCGAGCGGCCUUGAUGGUGUAUUUUGGGCAAAUAAAACCAGAAUGGUUGGAAUUACUUUUGGAAAAAACCGAACAAGUCCGAAGUCACGUGGAAAAGUAUUUCGGAGUAGAUCGACAUCUGUAUUUCACCUACACUCAUUUGGUCUGCCGCACGGCUCUACCUGACAUGCCAAUGGAUCGAGAUGACUUGAGCCAUCAAGUUCACGCGGACAAUUGUCUGUUGAAGAACAAGGAUACUUGCAUUCGCGAGAGUCCUGCUUAUGUCUGGAGAGACUACUCCGCGAUUUUAUAUCUAAAUGACGAUUUUCAAGGUGGUGAAUUCUUCUUUGCCGAAGAUCGCUUUAUUCGAGAGAUGGAUAACGUUGUUUCACCACGUUGCGGGCGAAUGGUGGCCUUUUCUGCUGGCAAAGAGAACCUCCACGGUGUUCGUGGUGUUCUUCGAGGUAGAAGAUGCGCUUUGGCCCUCUGGUUCACUCAGAAUGAGAAAUAUUUGGAGUAUGAGAGAGCACUGGCUUUGGCAAUCUUAGAAAGAGUUCGACAAAUAGGGCCUCUUGAAGGGAAGGACAUCCAAAUGCCUCUAAAGUACGAGGAUGUGCUCAUUGAAUAUAUCCACAGCGAUGAAUUACUAAAACAUUUCUUUAAAAAGUUCUCUAUCACAUAAUCAUCACAUAUCAAUAUAAAUGGCAGUGGCUGCAACAUUUCGCUACAAUUUUCAGAGGUUGCCCUACCGAGGAAUGAUAAUAUUUAAAGAGUAAUAUAUAUUUUUACGGUUAGUAGAAUCUGACCUAAUAUUUAAACUGGGGACCUGAAAAGAUAUAUUGAUAGUAAUUAAAAAAGGCUUCCCCACGCCGAUUUCGAAUUUGAACGGACAUUAGUUGUGGUAUGGGCAGUGAAUGAACAAGCAAGUACCAAUAUUAAAUGGGCAGACUCUCCCAUUGAGGCGCCCAUUCUGGAAGUCG